GUCGCGGAGCUCCGCGCGGGCCAGCAUGGAGGAGCAGGUCGGUUCCGAGCCGGCUCCUGGUGGCGGUGGCGGCGCGGACCCUGGAGGCGGUGGCGGGGGUGGCGACGGCGGCGCUCCCCCGUGGGCCCCCGAGGACGCCUGGAUGGCCACGCACCCUAAGUACUUAGAAAUGAUGGAACUAGACAUAGGAGAUGCCACUCAAGUAUACAUUGCAUUCUUGGUUUACCUGGAUCUCAUGGAGAGUAAAAGUUGGCAUGAAGUGAAUUGUGUGGGAUUACCAGAACUGCAGCUCAUCUGUCUAGUCGGUACUGAGGUAGAAGGGGAAGGGUUACAGACGGUGGUGCCUACUCCAGUCUCGGCUUCUCUCAGCCAUCACAGGAUUAGGGAAAUCCUGAAGGCAUCUCGAAAACUGCAAGGCGAUCCAGAUCUGCCGAUGUCGUUUACCUUGGCCAUAGUGGAGUCUGACUCAACAAUAGUCUAUUACAAGCUCACGGAUGGAUUUAUGCUGCCAGACCCACAGAAUAUUUCCCUUAGAAGAUGACAUCUUUGCUUGUCAAUGCCUUGUGCUCACAAAAGAUUGGAUUUGAGACCCAUCAGCCUGCUCUAGUUUUUAAUCUCAAGAUAAUCAGGGUAAAUAUAGCUUGUCCGUCUCAUACGUUUUCUUUCUGGAAAAAAUUCUCCCAGAUAAAAGCAUCUGUAUUGUCAGAAACAAAGAGUAGUUGCGGUAGAGUGUUCUUACUGGGGAUAGUCUGCAUUUGUAUGCAAGAUAUGGCAGGUUGUAUCAAGAGGAGACAAUUCAUGUGCUGCCUCUGUCGUCACAUGCAUAGCUGACCCUGUGAGCUUACUGAAGUUGCCUCCUCUUUCCCUUCUUCAGCCCUUCCUUGCCUUUUAGUCAUUUAACCAGCUUGGAUUGGCACUUACAUGGCUUUAGUCACCUGAAGAAUUUACUGGUAUCUGCUUUCAUUCUCAGUAGACACCGAAGGAUAAUCUCUGUUUGAAUCUUUUUUCUGUUGCACUUUCCUCUUCAAUGGACCUUAGAUCAGAACUGAAAAUACACUCCUCAAGAGUGUAAAUGUACAUGCAUGGAUUAGUCAGGACUUCUGAUUGCUACCUACAGGAACACUGGGAUUUUGUCCCACCACCCUUAUUAUAUCAUAGCUACUCUACUGCACGAGAUAGAGAAGAGAGUGUCAGCCCUAAAAACAUCUUUAUUAACUAGACCCAGUCAUUCCAUUUUUCUUAAUCCUCCAAUUACGUUGUACAAAGUAUGAAAAUUAUAUGCUCAAACAUUCUCCAACUAGCAUUACUUUUAAUAGUCCAAAUUGUGAGCCACUUAAAAGAUUAGGUCAGGAAUUUACACGCUUCCUUAAAGGGCCUUGCAAGCCAGACUAUCUGUCCUAAUUGCCCAACAUUGCUGUUUGUAGCAUGAAAACAUCCAUAGACAAUAUGUCAACAAUGAGUCAGGCUGUGCUAUAGUAAAUUAGAGCUUUAUUUACACAUGUGGGCCAUCACUUACCAUCUCCUACUCUAAGUAGUUAAUAAACCCAUCUCUGGAUAGUACCUUGAAUAGUCAUUAAAAAUGAGGAGUGUAUAUUAUGACAAACAUGAGAAAAUGUUACAGUGAAAACACUGCAAACUAUGAACCUGUGAGUGAAUGUGAACAUGGCUGCAAAUAGCCCCAGCAUGUAACAAGAGGAUGAUAAAGCAAGAUUAUUACCUGUGGUUAUAGUAGCAAGUGUGGCAGGGUAAAUGAAUAGGUGGCUUUCCUUCUCCAACAUUUCAGUGUUUAUUUGUAUUACUUUUCUAAUAAAAUGUUACAAAAUA